GCAGAGGCUGGGGAGCGAGCCAGAGGGGCGGGGGAGGAGCACGGUCCCCCCCAAAAAAGUGUGAAAGAGCAAACAGUGCUAGCCAGCGAGCUCCGGGUUCCUGCCGCCUGCAGUCCAUAACCUGGAAGCUACAUCCUUGAGAGCUGCAGGCUUGUAGUGUUGGGGUCAAAAAAAGAAAUAAACCAAACAAGCCAAGAAGAAAAAGAUGAGUCUGGAAGCUAAGUACCGUGCAGCUUCCCUGUACGUGGGUGACCUCCACGAAGAUGUCACUGAGGACAUGCUCUUCAGGAAGUUCAGCACAGUGGGGCCGGUGUUGUCCAUCCGAAUCUGCAGGGACCUGAUUUCCCAUCGCUCACUAGGCUACGCCUAUGUCAAUUUUCUCCAGGUUAAUGAUGCCCAGAAGGCCUUAGUCACCAUGAACUUUGACGUGAUCAAAGGUAAACCCAUCCGUCUCAUGUGGUCUCAACGGGAUGCUUGCCUGAGGAGAUCGGGAGUCGGGAAUGUGUUUAUCAAGAAUCUGGACAAAUCCAUUGAUAACAAAACCUUGUAUGAACACUUCUCACCUUUUGGAACAAUCAUGUCUUCCAAGGUGAUGUCUGAUGGAGAAGGCUCCAAGGGUUAUGGCUUCGUGCACUACCAGGACCGGAGAGCGGCAGACAGGGCCAUUGAGGCGAUGAAUGGGAAACUGCUGAGGGAGAGCACUUUGUUCGUGGCCAGAUUCAAAAGCCGCAAGGAUCGGGAGGCUGAGCUCAGAGACAAACCAACCGAAUUCACUAAUGUGUAUAUCAAAAACUUUGGAGAUGACAUAGACGAUGAAAAGCUCAGGGAAGUUUUCAGCAAAUAUGGCCAAACUUUGAGUGUUAAGGUGAUGAAAGAUGCCACUGGGAAGUCCAAAGGCUUUGGAUUUGUGAGUUUUGAUAGCCACGAGGCUGCGAAAAACGCAGUUGAAGACAUGAAUGGACAGGACAUAAACGGGCAGACGAUUUUUGUAGGCAGAGCCCAGAAGAAGGUAGAACGACAGGCUGAGUUAAAGGAAAUGUUUGAGCAGAUGAAAAAGGAAAGAAUCCGUGCACGCCAGGCAGCUAAGCUCUACAUUAAGAACUUGGAUGACACCAUAGAUGAUGAAACACUGCGCAAGGAAUUUUCAGUCUUUGGGUCCAUUUGCAGGGUUAAAGUGAUGCAGGAAGCAGGGCAGAGCAAAGGCUUUGGCUUGAUCUGCUUCUUCUCCCCGGAGGCAGCGGCUAAAGCAAUGGCUGAGAUGAACGGCCGCAUCCUUGGCUCCAAACCCCUCAACAUUGCACUGGGUCAGAAGCACUGAGCCCAGCAUGAUCCUACCUCGUAAUCUGAGCAGCAGCUAGGAGAACUAUCCUGCUCUUCAUCUUUCAGGUGCUAUAAGGAAGGGUAAUCUUCAAAACCCAGUGGCUGCUUAAUUCAUUGCAAUCCUACAAGGAAAUGUUUCUACGAAAACAUUUCAUUUUAUGUGAAUGAAAAAAAAAUGUGCGUUAGAGGUUUGGUUUGUUUUACAGAGCAUAUCCUCAAAAAAAUUUAAAAAAUCUUGUUUACUACUAUUUAGAACUGUUUAGUUGGUUACAUUCAUAUUACAUUUUGAAUUAAGCGAACCAAAUGCUUGUAUCUAUUGAGUAUUUUAUUCUUUCAGGUUAAUAUCUGUGAGCUUUAAUUUCUCCUAUAAAAGUUGCCCAUAACAAAUUUAAGUUUUUUAAACUAACAAGAAUCUUAACUUUUUUUUUUCAAUUCAAAAUGUAGAAAUUGGUACACAGAAUGAGGUUAAAUGACAUAUUGCACUUCUGAGUUAAUCAUCCAAGCCAAAGUUCUAAUAUACGUGCAUAAACAUAUGCAGGUGUGUUUGGUUUUGUUCUAGUUUAAGAUGAUCUUAGAGCUUUCUGGGGUUUUGGUUUGGUUCGGUUCUUACACUUUUUGUAUAUUUGCUGUAAUCUGCUUGUUUUUUUUCUUUCUGCUUCCUUAUGUUAUAUACAUCUAUCUAUGCUGUUUAUGGACUUUUAACUUCAUCUUAAAUCACAUCACACCUAUGUGAUGCAAUUUUAGGUUUUCACUAGAUGCUGAUGUUGUAAAAGUCAUAGCUUUGCAACUCAGAAACUCCAUAUAACGUAAAUCUUGAAAAAAAAUCUUCAUGUUAUAAUAAUCUAUCCUGGUUUUCAGAAUAUAAGUGCCUUAUUUUUCUAAAUCUCCACCUCCUUUUAUUAGACUGUGUUAGCCCUGUACUAGACUGUGUUGCUUUUGCUCUUGGCCUUGGCUCGUGUUCUGACAAAUGUGAGGUUAUGUUGCUUGAUGUGUGUUUUAGCAUGAGUUUUAUUUGACACAAUUCCCACGUGAUGUCUUUAUUCUGUCCAUAAAUUUUAACUCAUUUUUACACAUUUUUACAAAGACACUGUCAUAUUGGCUUUUCACAGGCUACCUCAAAUCUAUUUGAAAUAAGAGGUAAGAGUUAUUUAUGUACAACUUACUCAUUAUCUUAAAAAUGUGACUACAGGUUGGAGACCUCAUGUUAUUUCUUCUGCUUUCCAUUCUUUCUGGUUCUUUCAUUCUUCUCCAUUUUUGAUUGUUUGUUUUUUUUCUUAUUACAACCUUUUAAUUUAUGUAUUACAAGUACAUUUUUUCCUUAACAAAAUUUUGUGAGGAAAGUUUCAUUUUGUGUUUAUAAACCAUAUAUGCUUUGCAGGUUUUUCUAAUCUCACUGAGAAAAGAAAACAGUUAAAAAAAAAAAAAGUAAAAAAAAAUUUUUUCUACAAAUACAUUCUGCUGAAAUCUGCCACAUAUUGUCCCUAACUUUUUUUUGUGUACACUAAGACCUGAUUUAGGAAAGGCGACAUCAACAAUUUUGUUUGAAAUCAUUGUUUUGUAUUUGAUGUUGUCAGAUGCUCAAAUGUAACUUACUCAAGGAAUGACUUACCUAUUACAUGAGGGGCUUUUGACUUUGGCCAAUGGGUUUUCCAUGGUUCCCAAACUCUUGGGAAAUAUGGCUGGCUUUGCAAUGCUUCUCUUCUGGUCUUGAUUUCUGCCAAGAUAACUUGAAGGUACGCAUUCUUCCCAACUACUAUUGAUAUGCGUCCAAUUUUUUUCUGGAAAAAUAAACUAUAAUUCAGAACAUAAAAUCAAUUUAUUUUUAUGUAUUGCCAAAAUGUCUUACAGAUAUUUCAUAACAAUAACAUUUUCUUUGUAAGUAUAGGCAAAUGCACAUUUCCAUAUUGUCCAAAGACAUAAAUAUUUUGUUAGGAUCUGUCAGAUUGAGCAUCGUUAUGACAAAUAACCACUACUCUUUCAUUGUAUGGUUUUAAUAGUUUCUUUUUUUUUAAUUGUCAAACUUUCACCUGUGUCCAUUGCACUAAUAUUUCAACACUUGUAAAUUUAGUGUUUCAAGAAUCUAAGCUAUUUUUUCUUUUGAGUAUUUGUAUUCUAUCACUUCAAAAACUAUUUUAAACCUUACCAAUGUUCUCACUUUGUUUACAGUUUGUAAAGCUGUCCCAAAGACAAAUUUUGAACUCAACUUUUUCAGUAUCUCAUUGAGAUGACAUUUUUUAUUGUGAUUUGUUCUAAACACUUUAAAAUGUCUGUAUAUACACAUGAGAUGUACUUGUGUGUGGAGUAUAAACAUGGAGACAGGUAGGCAAUUCAUGUUGUCUUCUAUUAAUGUGUAUGGUUCAUAUUAUCAAUAUUUUUAUAAACAAAACUUGUUUAUAUUUUGUGUAAAGAGUAGAAUAAAAUUUUUAGCUAUGUCUUGCCUCUACAAUUUUAAGCAGCAUAUGUUUGGGUUAGUACUGAUAGAAACUAUAUCAGUGCUGAUAUACACACUUAAAUCCAUUGGCUUGCAGAAUCUCUACCUUGAUGAGUAUUUUCAUCAUCAGAAGUACCAGAAGUUGCCAGGACUGGACAGUACAAAAUGAAAACAUUUUCUGGGAGAUUUAAUCUAGAAAUGUGUCCAGAUAAUUGAACAAUGAAAACAUCUCUCUUGUGUGCACAAAUAAUUGAUUAAACAGUUUAUCAUAUGCACAGAUAUAUUGUUAUAUCAGCUUAAUAAUGCAGUAUCCUAAUACCUUAGUAGAAAUUGUAUCUUGCCAGUAUUUAGCAUACAAUUUGACAGUUCAUUCUCUUUAAUUUUUAAAUAUUAUUCAUUCUAAAUUUGUGUGUAUGUUUGUGCACAUGUGUGAAUUUGUGCAUGCAUCUGCAUGUGUGUGUGCAUGUGUGUUUCAACAAUUACAUUGUAUCUUCCUAGUUAACAAGUUUUCACAAAUUAAAAAUUUUUGUAUCCAAGUGCCUUGAAUAAGAAAGACAAUCUUUGCUUCAUUAAUAAAUCAAAGCUAAUCCAAACAGAAAUGCCUUCAGCCAGUAUCUCUACUCCUUCCCCACGUAUACUCCCUAUCUGUUGUAUAGAUAACUAUGAUUUACAGAUGAUGUAACACAUAUGUGCCUUGUUCCAGUUUUCAAAAGUUGUCACAUGGAAAUUGUUAAAAUAUAAUUUAAUGUUCUCUAUAUUCUUCAAACCUAAAGAGACAAUACUAAAUAAAAUUUACCCCGUCAAUGAUGGAUAUGUCUGAGUUAUUUAUGUUCAUUUUAAUUAUCUGUUUCUAAGGGUAAGUGUUUAUAUUUCAUGCUUCUAAAUGUUUCAUAAUUCUAUGACCUGAAAUCUGGUUCUGUACUUAUUCACAAUAAAAGGAUCAGUUAUUCAAUAGCUGUUCUAAUGUGUAGCCAAGUAUCAUGAGGAACAGUUGACUGUUGUGUUAGUUCAGCCAGUACUCAGUGUGUGAAAUCAUUUUAAAAAAAUAAUAAAAAUGUCAAAAAAUGCAUGAUGCCUUAUAAAUCAAAGUUUGACAGACCAAUAUUUGGGAUGGCUUUCUUACUAACAGACACAAAGAAUGAUCAUACCAUCACUAGAUGAGAGGGAACCUUAAUGUUUGCUUGCUCUGUUCCUUUUCUUCUUCCCCUUCCCAUUCAAUAGCCUCCAACCUUCUACCUUGGAGGCUCCACUUGAGGGAGCUUGUCUACUCUUUAUCAUCACCCAAGGGCAUGCUGUGCACAACCAAUCUGAGAUAAGAUUUGCAUUCUAGGUGCCUUAAGAUGGGGAAUAACUUCCUCACAUAUGUGCUUGAGUGACUGCCUGCAUGUGAAAACUACUGCAAUUAAAAACAUAAAAUUCAU